UGAGUGACAAUUGACGACUACGUCGGCAACAAGAGCGGGGGCCAUGCUAAACGGAAGUACCGUGCAGCCCCCGAUGGCGGAUGCCCGCAUGGCAAUGGAGGCCGAUGGGGCUGCCCUCAACCUCACCGAGACGGAGGUGGUGAUGGAAUUGAUUGGAAAUUUUCUCAACUUUUACUACAUGCCGCUGCUGGUGGUGGUGGGCAGCAUCGGAAACAUUCUGUCGGUGCUGGUGUUCUUCAACACGAAGCUGAAGAAGCUGUCCUCGUCGUACUAUCUGGCCGCGCUCGGCAUCAGCGACACGUGCUAUCUGGUCGGGUUGUUUGUCACCUGGCUGAGCUUCUUUCAGGUGCACAUCUACACACGUGAGCCGUACUGCCAGCUGUUUACGUAUACGAGUGGCGUUAGCAGCUUCCUGUCCGUCUGGUACGUGGUGGCCUUCACGUUCGAGCGUUUCAUCGUCGUGCGAUAUCCGCUGAAGCGCCAGAGCUGGUGUACGGUGCGGCGGGCGAAAACUAUCAUCGCCUGUCUCACGAUGGUCGGCAGUGUGCACAGCGUGCCGUACAUCUUUUACGCCGGCACCCAGUACUCGGAGCGAAGCAAUGUCACCAUCUGCGAUAUGCGGAAGGAGUACACGUCUCAAAUGGAAAUUUUCAACUACAUCGAUACAGUGAUAGUGUUUGUCGUGCCGUUCACCAUAAUCGUCGUCCUUAACUCCGUCACCAGCUUUACCGUGUGGCGUUUCGCCGGAUUGCGCCGUAACAUGACCCUGCCCAAAAGAAAACCAUCGAAUUUAGAAAUCCGACGGCAGCUAAGCUUCCAAUACUUUUCCACCCACCCGAACGGACGGAAUGGCAUCCUGAGGCGUACUAGCAUGAGAGAAAACCGGAUGCUACACUCCCAGAUGAAGGUCACCAAAAUGCUGCUCAUCGUGUCCUCGGUAUUUGUGUGUCUCAAUCUACCGAGCUACGUCAUGCGCGUCCGGGCAUUUGUCGAGACGGGCCAUUCGUAUCUUACCGUGCUGGUGCAGUACUAUUGCUACUUAUUUUUCAUCACCAACUUCGGAAUCAACUUUAUACUGUACUGUAUCAGUGGGCAAAACUUUAGGAAGGCUGUGAUAGAAAUGUUCCGCAGACAUCGAAAGAGUCGAGUAAACCAGGAACCGAUCAGUGGUUGCGGUACUCAAUCAGGUAUUAUGUAGCAAAGGAACUUUUGCGAGCAUAUGGAAAUCUUGCCCUGAGGCGUACCAGCACGCCGAUGCUAUCCACCACAACUACCACCACAACGAAUCGCACCGCCGAAACAAUGCUGUGGAAGGACUACGCGGAUCCACCGAUCAUGAACC